CCUUUCAGUCCUCGUCAUUGGGAACAAACAGCACAAAGCCAACAGCCAGCAUCGCGAUGACGGUCGUACCAAAGGCACCUGUACUUUGUUCUCAAAGAUGGAACCUCGCUGUAAUGUGUUUCUUCGGCUUGUUCUUCACCUACGUUUUACGUAUGAACCUGAGUGUGGCCAUCAUCUGCAUGGUGCGCGCGCCGCAAGUCAACGUCACUUCCGUGGAUCACAGACACUUGGGAAAACACGGACUCACCUCUGAAGUCAGCACUGGUCUUCCGAAUGUGACUGCAGACACCAAGACAGCAGAGGAGUAUACAACUGAUGAAAAUGAUUGUGGUCUGGAAAUAAUGAAACCAGUCUCAUCUUGGAAUAAUGGCGAAUUUGACUGGGAUAAGGGGACACAAUCUCUGCUUUUGGCCAUGUAUUUCUAUGGGUACAUUUUCACUCAAAUUCCGGGUGGUUGGCUGGCCGGUCGCUACGGUGGGCGGUGUGUGUGGGGGGUCAGUCAAACCAUCUGUGCCCUCAGUACCCUGGCCACGCCCCUCGCUGCACGUGCCCAUGUCUACCUGGUCUACGCCCUCAGGUUUCUCCUGGGACUAGCUGCGGGUGUAUCGACUCCCUGCGUUUUCUCCAUCAUGGGCAGGAGGGCUCCGAAACUGGAGAGGAGCAAACUAAUGUCAUUCUGCAUCACCGGAUUUCCAGCUGGAAAUAUUCUGACCUUUUCGCUGUCCGCCCUUCUGUGUGUUUAUGGGUUUGACAACGGCUGUGUAGGGAACCUAGUGUGGGUCGUGGUGUGGUGUAUAGUGACGGCCGACACACCAGCUCAACACAAGAGGAUCAGCGAGGUGGAGAGGAACUACAUACAGAGUUCCAUUGGUGACACCCUGGAGAAAAAGGAAACUUUGCCAACGCCAUGGAGAGCUAUUUUUACAUCAGCUCCUUUCUGGGCGUGUGUUGUUGCUCAUGUAUCUAGUAUAUACACUGUAUAUACACUACAGACAUCACUUCCUGCUUUUAUGAAGGAGUCAUUAAAAUUUGAUAUCAAACAGAACGGAGUUCUAUCGGCCUUGCCCUAUUUGUGUGAAGCAGUGAUGUGUGCCCUGUCGGGGCAAGUGGCGGACACGUUGAGAAACAGGGGCGUCCUCAGCACCAAGAACACCAGAAAGCUCUUCUAUUUUGUGGAAAACUUCAUCCUUGGAGUCUUGAACCUAGCAAUUUUGCCUUGCUCUUGGAUAAGUCCAAAUUACAAACCUGGUCAUUCAGUUCUUCCUGAGAAAAUCUGGAUCACUGCACAUACUGGGGUGACGUCUGCCAUUUCGAACACGGCUGCCACUGCAUCUGGCAUGGUCGCUCCGCUGGUGGUUGGAGCCCUGACGCCAAAAAGAACAGCUGAAGAAUGGCGUCACGUGUUCUACGUCUGUGCCUCCAUUUACGUUGCGGCAGCGAUGGUGUACGGCGUCUUUGCGGAGGGAGAGUUACAGAGCUGGGCAGUUCCCCCGCCUUUGGACGACACUGUAAAAGGAGAGAGCGCUAAAGGGGAAGACAACAACGAGAAUCACGCUAAAACCUCUUCUUAGCAAAAAGGCGUUUCUCUAGGGGACGUCACCUUUAAACAACGCCGAUCUCCUGUCCCCACAACAGAAGAGCCCCAUCAUUUAAGAGCCACCUGAACAGAAACUGAUUAAUUAUUUUUUAUUUAAAAAUUUAUAAAAGACCUCUUUACACGUUAUACAACAAAAAGGAAAUCUAAUGAACUUUUAACUGAACCUGUUUUGAGCUCUAUAUAAGAAAAACCUUUACAAAGUAAGAAUUCGCUUACGCUGUGUACAGAAGACCAAAUUUGAUAAAGUGUUAAUAAUAUUAGUGAAGUAAAGAUGCAUUGCAGACACAGUCUUUUAUUUGCUGAUUUUCUUCAAAACACUCGUAAGACCACACAAUCUCACAUUUAGCCAAAUACAACGAUUAAAGAAAUAAAUAUACAAUAGAUGUAUAGAACUUGAAGUUUCUCUGAGUGAGUGGAAAUAAAGAGAAAAAUA